AGGCAGCCGCGCGGCGCGCGUCACGGCGGGGAGGGCCGGGCGGCACAGCCAUAAAUAGAGGGGAGGCGGCGACGGCAGCGGCAUUCGCGGGGAAUCCCUCCCGGCCUCCCUCCGAGCGGCGAGCCCGGCGUCCCCAUGACUCUGAACCGCGGAGACAAGCUGCGCUACCUGGACAAGCGGCGCGGCAGCAUGCCUUUCUCCGCACACCAGCACCUGCACCGGCGCAGCAUGCCGGUGGACGAGCGGGACCUGCGGGCCGCCCUGCCGCAGGACGAGCUGUCGGGCCUGGUGCGCUGCACCUCGUACAGCCCCGGCGAAGCGCACCGGGAGAGCUGGGCCUCCGACUCCUCCGACUCCGUCAUCUCCUCGGGCAGCGACUCGGACGGCAGCCUCUACAAGGUGAUCCUGCUGGGCGAACACGGCGUCGGCAAGACCAGCCUGGCCCGCAUCUUCGGCGGCGUAGAGGACGGCGCGGAGGCGGAGGAAGCCGGAAACACGUACGACAGAUCGAUUAUGGUCGAUGGAGAAGAAGCGUCUCUCGUGGUGUUCGAUAUCUGGGAACAGGAUGACAGCCAAUGGCUCCAGAACCACUGCAUGAAGAUGGGAGAUGCUUACAUCAUUGUCUAUUCAGUGACAGACAAAGUUAGUUUUGAAAAAGCCUCCGAACUAAGGAUCCAACUAAGAAGAGCAAGACAAACAGAAGACAUUCCUAUUAUUCUUGUGGGCAAUAAGAGUGACCUGGUCAGGUCUCGGGAAGUCUCAGUCGAUGAGGGACGGGCCUGUGCUGUUGUGUUUGACUGCAAGUUCAUUGAGACCUCAGCUGCUCUUCAUCAUAAUGUCAAGGACCUGUUUGAAGGUAUUGUUCGGCAAAUCAGACUUCGCAAAGACAGUAAAGAAGACAACGCCAGGAGAAUGGCCAACACAAAAAGAAGAGAAAGCAUAGGCAAAAAGGCAAAGCGAUUUCUUGGGAGAAUUGUGGCAAAGAAUAACAAGAAGAUGGCUUUCAAAGCAAAAUCUAAGUCUUGCCAUGACUUAUCUGUGCUUUAGAAGCUUCCAGCAAGGUCAGAUGUUGCCAUGUUGGAGGUGAACAAGCAUUUGGCUGUUGAGAAGUACAUGGAUGACCCUCAUGGUGAUAAAACAAUGACUUUUCAAUUGAGACUCAUUACUGCCUUAAGGUGCACAAGCAAGUCUGGAAGUUACCUUACAAUGUUGGCUUCAUUGAUGAAUGGUUUGUUUCAAUAUAUACAAGUAAAUGAACUAACUUUAAUUAAGUGGCUUGACAUGCCCACAUUUUCACUAUGUAUAUAUGUUGCAUACAUCCUCUUGUCCUGUGGAUACCAGAGAUGCAAAGAUAAGAAAGGAUGAUAAGUGUCACCACAGACUUGCCUCGUUUGCAGAGCAAAAUUUAAACUUGUACGCAGGCUCGUACACUCUUUUUAGUAUAAAGUAAGCAAUGAUAAAUCUUUUUAAAUUUAAAUGUGGGAUGGGAGGAAAUAGAACCACAUUAGAAUGGAAGGAAAACAUAUUUAUAUAUAUAUAUAUAUAUAGUUAAAUAUGGAACAGAUAUCAGUUUAUGAAGUUAAUUUGCACUUCCAUUACCUGUUAUUCAAUUAAUUUGUUACUUGUUUACAUGCAGAUUUUAUAAUAAAGUAUUAUUUCCUGUUAUAAUAAA